CAAAAAGAGUAAAGAAAGGUCCAUACUGAUACAGACAGCUGUUUGAUUCUUGAUCACACAAACUUCUCUCGCGGGUAGGUAAUGAGAAAUAGAAUCUCUAGUUAUUUUUCAAGAACCAUGGAGCCAAACAGAGGGAAAAGAAGAGAGUGAAAGAAAUGAAACAGAUUCUGUCUCUGAUCACCAUUUUCUUGGCUCUAUCUUCUUCUGUGAGAUGCAACCAUGAUGUUUACAGCAGGAGAGAUUUCCCCGAGGGCUUCACUUUCGGCUCUGCCUCUUCUGCUUAUCAGUGGGAAGGAGCUGUUGCUGAAGACGGGAGAAAGCCAAGCGUCUGGGACACUUUCCUUCACUCUCGUAAUCUAAAAAAUGGAGACAUAGCAUGUGAUGGGUAUCACAAGUACAAGGAAGAUGUGCAGCUGAUGGUGGAAACUGGCUUAGAUGCAUUCAGAUUCUCUAUCUCUUGGUCUAGACUUAUACCAAAUGGAAGAGGUCCUGUUAACCCAAAGGGUCUACAAUUCUACAAGAACCUCAUCCAUCAGCUUGUAAGCAAUGGUAUUGAACCACAUGUCACACUUUACCACUACGAUCAUCCUCAGUAUCUCGAGGAUGAAUAUGGAGGAUGGCUCGACCGUAGAAUGAUCGAAGACUUUACUGCCUACGCAGAUGUUUGCUUCAGAGAGUUUGGGGACAGUGUAAAAUUCUGGACCACGAUCAACGAGGCUAACAUAUUCACUGUUGGAGGUUACAAUGAUGGGAACUCACCUCCUGGUCGUUGCUCGGAGCCACGCGGAAACUGCUCGUCAGGAGACUCUUCGACUGAACCGUAUAUCGUAGGGCAUAACUUGCUUCUUGCGCACGCAUCUGCUUCAAGAAUGUAUACGCAGAAGUACAAGGAUAUACAGGGAGGUUCCGUAGGUUUAAGUUUAUUUACGAUAGGGUUUAAACCAUUUACAAGCUCCAAGAACGACGCAGUCGCACUUCAAAGAGCCAGAGAUUUCUUCUUAGGCUGGACAGUCUCGGGGAAUGUUUCAUUUUUCGAUUAUCCUGUUGUUCCAUGGGCUAUGGAAGAUGUCUUGGACUGUCUAAAGCAGAGCUAUGGCAAUCCUCCUGUCUACAUUCUUGAGAAUGGUAGACCAUUGAAGCAAGAUCUGCAGGACACAUCAAGGAUUGAGUUCUUGCAUGCUUACAUUGGUGCUGUGCUCAAAUCCAUUAGGAAUGGAUCAAACACGAGAGCCUACUUCGUAUGGUCCUUUAUGGAUUUAUACGAACUACUGAGCGGAUACGACUUUAGUUAUGGAUUGUACGCAGUAAAUUUUAGCGAUCCUCUUCUCAAGAGAUCUCCAAGACUCUCUGCUCAUUGGUACUCUGCUUUUCUCAAGGGCAACACCUCUUUUCUUGGUUCCCAAGGCAUCAUGCAAUUGCAGAGCAACUUCUCUUCUUCCUUUUAUUAAUGUUUUUGUUUGUCAAAGUUCCUCAAUGCAUUGAUAUGUUCCGAUAAUAAUAAUAAACCACAUAAUGAAGCAUAUAUAGCAACAUACCAAUACCAAGUAUAUUAUCACAAUCACUUCAAAUGAAUGUAAAUAUUUUAAAAAAUUCGAAUCAUAUUGUAAAGA